AUGAUAGCGAAAAGAAUUAUAUUGACAAACUUAAAUCACACAUAUAAGAGAUAUGCUUCAAAUGAAGCAAAGAAAGGUGGAAAGAGGUUUAUGCAAACUAUACCUGUUACAACAAGCAAGAAUGAUUUCUAUUCGGGAUUGAAAUAUCCUAUGAAGAAGACAAAUUUGGGAGAAUCAACUAAAGAACCUAGUGAUCUGAGCUCUAAAUGGUCUAAACAUUCUUUGGGGCCAAUGGAAAAAGUGUCUACUAAGGACCAAAGUACAUCAGCGCCCGCAAGGAGAUCCCGAGCAUCCAAAUUUUCCAACAAGACAUUGAAGAAUAUCGGCAAGCCCGAAACUGCAGAAACGAAGAGUACUAAGGAGGAGACGAAGAACACAGAAGCGCAGAAGCCCGCACAACCUAAUAUAAUAUCGACAGUAACUGUCGAACCUACGACACCAAAGAUAACGGAGAAUGAAAAGCCGGCGAAGAAGACGAAACAGAAGAGAACAUUGCGUCCUAGAAAAGCAUUGAUUACGUUCAGUGCCAAUGCAGUGGACCAUUUGAAGAAUUUGUUGGAUCAACCUGAGCCGCAAUUGAUCAGAAUCGGGGUACAGAACAGAGGUUGUUCAGGAUUAACAUAUAACUUGGAAUACGUAUCAGAGCCAGGUAAGUUCGACGAGAAGGUGGAACAAGAUGGUGUCAAGGUAUACAUAGAUUCGAAGGCCCUUUUUUCAAUUGUGGGGUCUGAAAUGGAUUGGUUGGAUGACAAAUUGUCGUCGAGGUUUAUCUUUAGAAAUCCCAACUCUAAGGGUACCUGUGGGUGUGGUGAAUCAUUUAUGGUCUAA